UUCGGCUUGGACACUGAGCCAACCAGACACACAGAACAAGCCUGGAUAGGCCAUCCUGACCCCAGCCCCAGCUACUCUCCUGCCAUCCAUCGCCAUGGGAAGCAAUCUCAGCCCCCAACUCUGCCUAGUACUCUUGGUCUUGGGCUUCUUGUGUGGAGGUGUGAGCACAACUCCACUGCCUGCAGCCCAGCCCCGGGGCUCCUGCUCUCUGGAGGGGAUAGAGAUCAAAGGCGGCUCCUUCCGACUUCUCCAAGAGGGCCAGGCCCUGGAGUAUGUGUGUCCCUCUGGCUUCUACCCGUACCCUGUGCAGACUCGCACCUGCAGAUCCACGGGGUCCUGGAGCACCCUGAAGACCCAAGACCAAAAGAUAGUCAAGAAGGCAGAAUGCAGAGCAAUUCACUGUCCAAGACCCCAGGACUUUGAGAAUGGGUACUACUGGCCCCGGGCUCCCCACUACAAUGUGAGUGACGAGAUCUCCUUCCACUGCUACGAUGGUUACACUCUCCGGGGCUCUGUCAAUCGCACCUGCCAAGUGAACGGCCGGUGGGAUGGGCAAACGGCGAUCUGUGAUGAUGGAGCUUGGUACUGCCCCAAUCCGGGCAUCCCCAUUGGCACAAGGAAGGUAGGCAGCCAGUACCGACUUGAAGACAGUGUCACCUACCACUGCAGCCGGGGACUUAUACUCCGUGGAUCCCAGCGACGAACAUGUCAGGAAGGUGGCUCAUGGAGUGGGACGGAGCCUUCCUGCCAAGACUCCUUCAUGUAUGACACCCCUCAAGAGGUGGCUGAAGCCUUCCUGUCUUCUCUGACAGAGACCAUAGAAGGAGUCGAUGCCGAGGAUGGGCACAGCCCAGGCGAACAACAGAAGCGGAAGAUUGUCCUGGACCCCUCGGGCUCCAUGAACAUCUACCUGGUGCUAGAUGGAUCAGACAGCAUUGGGAUUGGCAACUUCACAGGGGCCAAGAGGUGUCUUGUCAACUUAAUUGAGAAGGUGGCGAGUUAUGGGGUGAGGCCAAGAUAUGGUCUAGUAACAUAUGCCACAGAACCCAAGACUUUGGUUAGAGUGUCUGACCCAAGGAGCAGUGAUGCAGACUGGGUCACGAAGAUGCUUGAACAAAUCAAUUAUGAAGACCACAAAUUGAAAGCAGGGACUAACACCAAGAAGGCCCUCCAGGCAGUGUACAGCAUGAUGAGCUGGCCAGGAAAUACACCCCCUGAAGGCUGGAACCGCACCCGCCAUGUCAUCAUCCUCAUGACUGAUGGCUUGCACAACAUGGGUGGGGACCCAGUCACUGUCAUUGAUGAGAUCCGGGACUUGCUGGACAUUGGCAGGGAUCGGAAAAACCCAAGAGAAGACUAUCUGGAUGUCUAUGUGUUUGGGGUUGGGCCUCUGGUGGACCAAGCAAAGAUCAAUGCUUUGGCUUCCAAGAAAGAGAACGAGCAACAUGUAUUCAAAGUCAAGGACAUGGAAAACCUGGAAGACGUUUUCUUCCAAAUGAUUGAUGAAUCCAAGUCUCUGGGUCUCUGUGGCAUGGUUUGGGAGCACAGGCAAGGUACCGAUUACCACAAGCAACCAUGGCAGGCCAAGAUCUCAGUCACUCGCCCUGAGAAGGGACAUGAGAACUGUAUGGGGGCUGUGGUGUCUGAGUACUUUGUGCUGACAGCGGCACACUGUUUCACCGUGGAUGACCAGAACCACUCAAUCAAGGUCAGCGUGGGAGGGAAGAGGCGGGACCUGGAGAUAGACACAGUGCUAUUUCACCCCAACUACGACAUCUAUGGAAAAAAGGCAGAAGGAAUUCCUGAAUUUUAUGACUACGAUGUGGCCCUGAUCAAGCUCAAGAAUAAGCUGACGUAUGACCAGACUGUCAGGCCCAUUUGUCUCCCUUGCACCGAGGGAACAACUCGAGCUUUGAGGCUUCCCCAGACAACCACUUGCCAGCAACACAAGGAAGAGCUGCUCCCUGCAAAGAAUAUCAAAGCUCUUUUUGUGUCCGAGGAGAAGAAGAAGCUGACUCGGAAAGAGGUGUACAUCAAGAAUGGGGAUAAGAAAGCCAGCUGUGAGAGAGAUGCUCGAUAUGCCCCAGGCUAUGACAAAGUCAAGGACAUCUCUGAGGUGGUCACCCCCAGGUUCCUUUGCACUGGCGGUGUGGAUCCCUAUGCUGACCCCAAUACUUGCAAAGGUGAUUCUGGUGGACCGCUGAUUAUUCACAAGAGAAGUCGCUUCAUUCAAGUUGGCGUAAUCAGCUGGGGAGUAGUGAAUGUCUGCAAACACCAGACACGGCAAAAGCAGGUACCUGUUCACGCCCGAGACUUUCACGUCAACCUCUUCCAAGUGUUGCCCUGGCUCAAGGAGAAACUCAAACAAGAGGAUCUGGGUUUUCUAUAA